AAGAACGGGGUGUUUUUGUGUGUAUGUGUGUCUGCUGAGUUGGGCGUCAGCUGAGUUUAAGGAACCUCUGGGGAAGGUAACAGCGCUCAGACUUUCUUCCAGAGGGAGAAUACUCCAAAGCGAUGUUUCUUUCAGACUCUGACAAUGAAUUGGCACUACUCUCCUCAGAGCUGGACUCUGAGAGCGAGUAUAGCGACUGCAGUCUCGACGAGGACUACAUUCCAAGUGGUCAUGCCCGGGGAUCAAAUAAGGGAGACGAAUCCAGUUCGGAUGACGACUUGUAUGUAAGGCCAAAGAAGCGAAGGGCGUCAAAGAGGCGAUGCUCCUCUGUAUCAACAGUAUCAUCACCGCUGAAACCUGCAUCUAACAAAUGGGAGCAGAGUCCCCUUCGUAAGAGGCUCCGCUAUGCAUCUACGCCCAAAAAAGACUCCUCCUCCUCCGGACCCAAGACUCGCAAGACACCUUCCACACCACAUAAGAAUACUCCAAAAAGAAAGCAGCAAGCAGAAAGUCAGCAAGUGGAAGCAAACGGGGGUGAAGCAGACGAUGGAGAAAAGUGGCGCAGUGUUGAAGAAGAAGACAUUGAGCCUCCUCAGCCGCGGUUCAGACCCGGGAGAUGCGCUGGGCCGCAGCUGAACAGAACAGCGCAUUACACACCACUUGAACUGUUCCAGUUGUUCUUUUCUGCCACCGUCAUUGAUACCCUGGUGAAAAACACAAACGCCUAUGGAAAAAUCAAACACCAAGCCCAAAAGGAAAAGUGGGUUCCAGUCACAGCAGCAGACAUGUACUCCUUCAUCUGCCUUGUCCUCUACAUGGGUCUUGUACCGCUGAAAACUCUGAAGGAGUUCUGGAGAGGAUCUGAGCUCUUCCGCCUGCCAUUUCCUGCCUCUGUUAUGCCUUGCAGACGCUUCCUAGCCAUUUCCCGCAGUCUACACAUGAAUGACCCUGCUGUGGAAGCGGCCAAUGACCAGAAGAAGGGGACCCCCGGGUUUGACAGACUGUGCAAGAUAAAACCACUAUAUGAGCAGAUUUUGGAGGCCUGCUGCACAUUCUUUCACCCCCACCAGCAUAUCUCUAUAGAUGAACGGAUGGUGGCGAGCAAAGCGAGGAUCGGGUUAAAGCAGUACAUCAGAAACAAGCCAACCAAAUGGGGCUUUAAGCUUUUUGUGCUGGCAGACUCAGUGUGCGGCUACACCAUUAACUUUUUUGUGUAUGGUGGAAGAGAGAGUGAACCAACUGGGAAGGGUGCAGGCUACGACGCUGUUAUGAGACUUCUGGACAUCCCAUUUCUUGGUAAAGGUUACAAGCUCUACGUGGAUAACUAUUACACUAGUCCUACUUUAUUCCUUGAUCUCCUCAAGAGAAAAAUCUGGGCGUGUGGCACAGUUCGUUCAAAUGUCAACGGUUUUCCCAAAACCAUGUGGGAUAACGUGCCAGAGAAAACACCAAGGGGAACAAUUAAAUGGAUCAGAAAGGGAGAGUUGUUGUUUGUUAGGUGGUUUGACACCCGGGAGGUAUCGAUGUGUUCCUCUAUACAUAAAGCGUACAACCACGAUGUAGCAAAGCGCAAAGUGAAAGACUCAGAUGGACAGUGGACGGUGAAGCACGUGCCUAUUCCGGGCUGCAUCAAAGAUUACAAUCGUUACAUGGGGGGUGUUGACUUGUCAGAUGCGCUGAUUGGCUACUACAACGUCCUUCAUAAAACCCACAAGUGGUACAAGACUCUGUUUUACCACUUUGUGGACAUAGCCACAGUGAACGCCUUCAUCCUUCACAAGGAAAUGUGCAAGCUGCAGAGCCGGCCUAUGCUCACGCAGAAAAGGUUCCGGGAGCAGCUCAUUUUGUUACUGGCUGAGAUCGGUUCUGGACCAAACCGCGCGCCUCCUCACAACUACAUGUUGCCUUCCUCUCCUUUCAAACUGGCUGCUAUUUCUCCACAUAAAGUCCCCCCUGCUUCACCAACACCAGUGCCUCCUGUCUCCCCAUCCAAAGUGGGCCAGUGCUCUUCAACCGAUGCGCCGUUUGCCUCCUGCCCUCCUGCACCCUGCGUUAACUCAUCCCCUGGCUCAUCUGCUCCUCUGUCUGCCGACACCCCACCUGCUAAAACCUCGUAUUCUCUGGGGUUAGGUCAUCUGCCCGCGUACUUUGUUGCGAAAAUGAGCAACGUGGCUUCGAGGUAUCGAGCCACUAUUGGCAGGAGAGCGUGCGUGGUCUGCAAAAAGAAGUCUCCAAUCUAUUGCAGCACCUGCCACAAAACACUGUGCAUCACUUCUUUAAGAAAUUGCUAUUCCGAGUGGCACCGGAGCAAUAACAUCUGCGUGUGAGUGACUAGAAUUACUGUGAAAUACUCUGUCAACUGCAUGUGCCUUUAAUUGUCAAUAGUGAAAGAAAUGGCAAUUUACAUUUAGUUCAGGGGGUCUCGAACUCCAGUCCUUGAGGGCUGGUGUCCUGAAACUUUCCCAUGUGUCCCUGUUGCAACACACUUGAAU